CCCGCGCAUUGACGAUGACGACGCCACGGUGCCCUAUAAAGAUGAAUGCCCGACCCGCCCGCCAGCAACACUCUUGAGCUACUCCAGCCCUCACUGCCGGCCAAGCUCACAAUCGUUGCGGCUUUAUCCCUGCUUGUCGUCGAGGAUCCCGCCAUCCCAUCAGAUCCCCAGUCACCAUGAAGUGGUCACUAGCCCUUGCUGCGCUCGCAGCCUCGAGCACCGAGGCUAUCCGCAUCCUGCAGACCAACGACGAUGGCUGGGCCGAGCUGUACCUGCGCUCAUUCCACGACGCGUUGGGAGCUGCCGGCCAUGAUGCUGUAGUCUCUGCCCCUGCUGAGAACCAGUCUGGCACAGGAUCCAAUGACAAGGAGCCCGAGCCUCGCAAGACGGCCUGCCAGUACAACAGCUGCCCAGCCAACAGCGGGCCCGUCGGCACCAACACAACCGACACGCGACUCAACUGGGUCAACUCGUACCCCGUGACGUCGCUCAAGUACGGCCUCAGCACAUUUGGCCCGCAGAUCUGGAACGGCCAGGCCCCCGAGCUCAUCGUGUCGGGCCCGAACGUCGGCAUCAACGCCUGGCUCGGCGACUUCUUCUCGGGCACUGUCGGUGCUGCCGUCUACGGCGCCAAGAAUGCUGGGAUCCCGUCCAUCGCCUUCUCGGGCAAGUCGGAGGGCACCCUGGCCUGGAACACGAGCCCUGUGCCCGUCCGCAGCACCUUCUACGCCCAGAUCGGCACCAAGAUCACCAACGCCGUCAUCGCCUCGGGCGUCCCUUACCUGCCCGCCAACAUCUUCCUCAACGUCAACUUUCCCGAGGUCACCGACUCGUGCAACAGCCUCGACGAUGUCACAUAUGUGCUUACCCGCAUCAACAUCGGCCUCUUCUCGGCCCCGGACGCCCUUCACUGCGGCACCACCCGCCUGCCCUCCGAGUUUGACGUCAUCAACCGCAAGGGCUGUUAUGUGACUGUCAGUGUUGGUGAUGCCAAUGACAAGACCACGGCCUCUGCCGACAAGCAGAAGGCUGUCAUUGACAAGAUCGGCAGCCUCUUCACCUGCAUCUAAGGGAUGAGCAAGUGCGUAAGGGAAAAACAUUGUAUCUGUCACAGAUAGCUCUCGGCGUAAUGUAAUAAUACUGCUCAACACAAU